AGGAACGAAUUGGGUAAAAUCUGGCAGGGUUUUGAACACUAGGGUUUAACAGAUUACUAUUUUCUCGAAAACUACACCAUGUCUUCGACACUGGAAAUUGAAGCUAGAGAUGUAAUCAAGAUUGUACUUCAGUUUUGUAAAGAAAACUCUCUGCAUCAAACUUUUCAAACACUGCAGAAUGAGUGCCAGGUUUCUCUUAAUACAGUGGACAGCCAUGAAACAUUUAUUGCUGAUAUUAAUAGUGGAAGGUGGGAUGCAAUCUUACCUCAAGUUGCACAACUUAAACUUCCUCGGAAGAAAUUAGAAGACCUAUAUGAACAGAUUGUUCUAGAAAUGAUUGAACUUCGAGAGAUAGAUACAGCACGAGCUAUAUUGAGACAAACUCAGGUGAUGGGUGUCAUGAAACAAGAGGAACCAGAGCGAUACUUACGACUCGAGCAUCUACUGGUUCGGACUUACUUUGACCCAAAUGAGGUGUAUCAAGACUCGUCAAAGGAGAAAAGGCGUGGCCAAAUUGCUCAAGCUGUUGCAGCAGAAGUUUCAGUGGUUCCACCUUCACGAUUAAUGGCUUUGAUUGGUCAGGCUCUGAAGUGGCAGCAACAUCAAGGUUUGCUUCCACCUGGAACACAAUUCGACCUGUUCCGAGGAACAGCUGCUAUGAAGCAAGAUGUAGAAGAUAUGUACCCAACAACUCUUGGGCACACUAUAAAGUUUGGGAAGAACAGUCAUCCAGAGUGUGCUCGGUUCUCUCCGGACGGGCAAUUCCUUGUUUCCUGCUCAGUUGAUGGAUUCAUUGAGGUUUGGGAUCAUAUAAGUGGAAAGCUGAAGAAGGAUCUCCAAUAUCAGGCUGAUGAAACAUUUAUGAUGCAUGACGACCCUGUCCUCUGUGUCGAUUUUAGUAGAGACUCUGAGAUGCUUGCAUCUGGAUCACAAGAUGGGAAAAUAAAGGUUUGGCGCAUAAGAACUGGACAGUGCCUGCGUCGGCUGGAACGGGCGCAUUCUGAGGGUGUCACUAGUGUCAUCUUUUCUCGAGAUGGGACCCAGUUGUUAAGUACAUCGUUUGACAGCACUGCAAGGAUCCAUGGCUUGAAAUCAGGGAAGAUGUUGAAGGAGUUCCGCGGCCACUCUUCUUAUGUUAAUGAUGCCAUCUUUACUGCUGAUGGUUCUCGUAUCAUAACUGCGUCCAGUGAUUGCACGGUGAAAGUUUGGGAUGUGAAGACCACAGAUUGUCUGCAGACAUUUAAGCCACCACCUCCUCUAAGGGGAGGUGAUGCAUCUGUGAACUCUAUUCAUCUUUCCCCCAAAAAUCCCGAUCACAUAAUUGUGUGCAACAAGACAUCAUCAAUAUACAUCAUGACACUCCAAGGCCAGGUUGUGAAAAGUUGUUCGUCCGGUAAAAGAGAAGGUGGAGAUUUUAUGGCAGCUUGUGUAUCUCCCAAAGGGGAAUGGAUAUAUUGUGUUGGUGAAGACAGAAAUUUGUACUGCUUUAGUCAUCAAUCUGGCAAGCUAGAGCAUCUAAUGAAGGUACAUGAGAAAGAGGUGAUUGGUAUAACUCACCAUCCUCAUAUAAAUCUUGUCGCAACUUACGGCGAAGACAGCGCAAUGAAACUGUGGAAGCCUUGAAACUAAACAUACGAUGGUUUGUUAUAACUAGGAUUAUUUAUUCUGUAUUAAGUUAUUGUUCUUGUAGAUUUAACAGAUCUUUUUGAGUAAAUUUAUUUCUUGAACCCCACCACCCUUUUCAGUCUUUAUAUUCAACAGUUCAUUAUUUUAAAUUUCUUUUUUUGGAAAAAUAUUAUUUAAAUUUAGGGGCUCGUACAUGAUAAAUGUUUGGGAACUGUCCCACAUACACCAUGCGAAUAUUUAAUAAAGUGGAAUUUGAUUUUAGGUUAGGUCAAA